CUAAUAUAUUAAAAUGGAAGCUUCUUUUUGGGUCUACAUGAUCCAGAUAGCUGUUAUUGCUAUCCUGACACUUCUUCUAGAACUGAGAUAUAUGAGAAAGCAAGCACCCAUCUCUGUCUAUAUUACUGUAUACGUAGGUUGGCUGCUUGGAUUCAUUAUCGUGGCAACCUUGCCAUUCGAUAUAUACACUUCCUCGAACUAUGACCCUAACAAUGUCACUGAGGACAUGAAAUUUAUCCGAGAGUUCACGAAAUGGAACUGGAAAAUACUCUAUUGGGUAACUUCUUCGCUCACUUGGGUCAUUUUUCCUCUGCAGAUGGUCUACGUAGUUAGAGGAGAAUUUUCAAGAUGAAAAAGGAUCUUGAAGACCCUUCUUGCGAACCUUAUCAGCUAUAUUAUCUUCAUUAUAGCUGUUGUAGCUCUCCUGCUGGCUAUUUACUUCCUUGUCAAUAGAAACAGAGAGAACAAAGACAAGGUAUCCUUAUUUGAUGUUGUUUAUGUGCUCAUAACUGUGUACGGACUUUUACUAAUAGUAUUCCUAAUGUCUUACGGAAUGGUGGCUCUCCCAAAAUCUCUCUGGCAAAGAAGCGAUUACCAGGGACAAGUCAGCCACAAGUUAUGCCAAGUGAGUAUCAUUGAAGAGAAAUUGACAGAAUUGAGGAUUGACUUGACUAAGAAUAUUAGAGCUCUUGAGAACCUUAGUGGAGGGUCUGACAUGCAACCAUAUUUGUUAAUCAUUAAAGAUGAAAUCCAAGAAUUUAAGGAAAGGAAUCCUCAAUUUGAAGAAGAAUGUAGCACUUAUGAAGGCAUUGCUGAUGCUGGAGAUGGCUCUACAGGAGGUAACAUCGAUACAUGUGAUGUCACUCUCCCAAAACUUGAAAGUUAUAGAUCAAAAUAUAAAAUAGAAUUUGGAGAUUACGAGAGAAUUCAUGCAAUGCUUGAGUUUAACAUGAGAGAAGUUAUGACUUUACAAUCUUAUAUAAAUGCAAAGAAUUCACCUAGUUUGAGGAGGAAAGGUUUGACAGGAUGUCGGAAGUUCAAAUACUUUUAUUUCAUCUAUGGCCAUCCCAUAGUUCUGAAAAUAUUUUGACUAAUGUGUGCGAUCUUUUCUAUUGUUCUCCUUUACACAGAGUUGACUAAUUUCAUCAAGAUCGAUAUAUCGACAUUUAGCUGGAUAGUGAAUGGAAACUUUAACUUCGCUACUACAUUUAUAUUACUAUUUAUCCCUCUAUCAUACAUGCUUGCCUGCAUUUAUUUCGGGUUCUUCAGUGUAAAGCUUGCUAGUUGGUAUGAACUAUACAAAAACCACUCUGAUCCGGUAUCAAUGAUCUGGAGUGGGACAAUGUUGGCAAGGAUGAUCUACCCAAUGAGCUACAACUUUAUCACCCUAGUACGAGCAAAGAACACUGCAUAUAGUGUCGUACUAACUAUUCUGGAUGAUUUCACAAUUCUUGGCAGAUGGAUGAACCUUUACUUCUUCCCUGUUGUACUAGUCCUGUUCUUUGUGAUGAACGUGUUUGAUAUCUGGAGUAAACUAUUCAAUUGUCUCGGGCUCAACCAAUUUUCUUUUGAUAAGCUAGAAACUGAGUCUAGGAUCCAGGAAGGAAAAAUCUCAGUCGAUCAGAGAAGGAAGGAGCUCUUUGAAAUCGGAGAAAUUGAUGAGGUCUUUCUGAGAAACUCUAUGUCAAGCGAUAGCGAAGCUGAGAAUAGCAUGGUUGGGCAGAAGUACUCUAUUAAUAGUGGAAUUCCCGGAGCCAUUUCACCCAGCAACAGAAGAAGCAGAGGCAAUUCUUUUAAAAGAGGCAAAAUAGUUCGAACUAAGAGAAAUAGUUUCCAGUUAGCGGUCAGUGAUUCAGAUGAAAGCAGUCAGACAGAUGAGGAAGUAGGCAAGAAAGUGAUUAAUUUUGACGGCAAGGUGAAGUUCAAAUCUAUUGAAUAA